AUGAGCUGCUUCAAUUUCAAAUAUGAAGAUGACCCUUUUUUGGGGUUACUCGAAGAAUUAAUACUUGAUAUUCUGUAUCGACUGCCUAUAAAAUCAUUAGGACAAUGCAAACUAGUAUGCAAAUCAUGGCUUACCCUCAUCUCAGACCCUGAAUUUGCGAGAUCACAUCUCAAUUAUCCGAACAGUAAUAAUCAACCCUUUACCCUCCUUUAUCAAAAAUACGAUAUUCUUUCCACACUGAAGUUUUCUGAUCCAACCAAUACUACUGAGGGUGUAAUAACCUUAGACUUAUUGGACAAUCAUCAAUUCCUCGAUGGCUUUGUAUCCAAUUAUUAUUAUUGUUUCAUUGCCGGGUCAAAUGAUGGCCUUGUUUGUGUUUAUGUGAAGCAAAUGAAGGAGAGUAGGCGUGGUCAAGAUUCAAUGCAUCUUUGGAAUCCUUGCACCACUGCAAAAGUGGAGAUCUCAUUGCCUGUUAUGAGGGAUUCAUUUUAUGUUCAUAUAGACUCGAGUUGGUUUGGUCGUGUUCCCUCUUCUGAUGACUACAAAAUCUUCUUAGUGUAUUCGGAGUAUAGGCCUUAUGAAAAGAGCAUGUAUCUAUACUCGUUAAGGUCUGCUAGAGAAUACAUGUCUCUGAUGAUGAAGAUUUGGGUUUAA